AAUUAUAAAAUCAUGCAAGGCGAGAAUAUGGUAAAAGACUAUCGUCUCUUGGAAACAGGAAGGGGUCCAGAUGCUAGAAUGGCAUUCAAAAGAUCUCAACGAAUCGAAGCACAAGUCGUGGAAGCUAUCCGCAGAUUACAAGCCAUACAAGGAUCAACUCCCCAGGAAAUUAGUAAUUACAUUGCUCAAGAAUAUAAUAUUCCUGGUUCUGAAAUCAGACCACAUGUCCAACUCGCUCUCAAGAGAGGCGUAACUUAUGGAAUUCUUCAACGUUUAAAGGGAGGAUGUUACACGUACAAUCCAGACUUCCUCAACGGUCAAUGCAUAAGUGGUGGCGACGCAACGGUCGAGAUUCCUUGUAAAGGAAGAAGAAGAAGAAGAGGACGUUCAAGAAGAAGAGGGCGAAGACGUAGAGCUGGAAGAUCUCGUCGUAGAUCUCGUCGUAGAAAAAACUCGCGAAGAAGAAGAUCUUCCUCGAGGCGUAGACGACGUGGAAGGAGGAGAAGAAGGGAAGAAUUUCCGAAGGAAAUCGAUGGGCUGGACUUGACCAAACAACCGACGAAAAGCAGCAGCCUCUUAACGAAAGACAGUCCACAAAGCAACCAUUCGAUCUCUGAAAAUUCUGAAGGAAAGCAAGAAUAACCCUCCAACAAGAUAUCCAUUCUCUCCAUUUUACGAUCGAUUCAAGGUGC